UAGAUUAAAAUAGAUGGCUGAGAUUAAAACAAUAAACAAAACCCAAAACCCCCUUCUUUUUUUUUCUUUGUUCUCUUCCUCACACGAUUUUUUCUCCACUCUUCCUCACAAGGUUUUCUCUCUCCUCACACGACCUCCCAAAAUCAAACUACGCUUAUUCAUUCUUUAGAUGGUAGCAAUGCAAGAGGAUAAAUAUGCUCGGCCUCUAGUUUCUUUCGUGAGGCAAGGUCUGGGUCCGUCAUUUAUAACUGAGGGCUGGGAUUCACAAGGAACACAAUUGUUUGAGUUACUUGCUGUGAGAGUGCACAUGCGCCCGAUCAAGGAGGUUACCGCUAUGUCCUCGCUUUCACAUCUUGAAGUAUAUGGCCGUAUUGUACUCAUCGAUGAACUUGGUAACAAAUUUUAUCUAUUUAAACGAAGAAAAUCUAAGGCAAAGUCUGUUUUUCUACAUAAUGACGCACUUGACAGCACAGUAAUUCUUCACAAUUUUGAUCUUGAAAGUCCUCGUUGUCUACCUAGUAAAUUUUGCUUGAAAUUUCAUCUCAAAGAUAAGCACCAAAAUAUCGUAAUUGUUAAGGACUGCAAACUAAUAGAUUGUACUCAAGGGGUCACUUAUGACAGAAUCCAUACCUUUUGCUUCCGCAGAGAACAAAAGUCGGAACAAGACUCUCAUUGCCUACCUUCGGUUAGUGUGGACUAUGCUAUAUUUCGUUGUGCACUCUUAGCCUGUGUGUCUAUUGAACUUGUAGAUACUGCUACUCGUAUUGAAGGUAGAAAUAAUACAACUGAUGAAAGUGAUUUUGUACCGGCUAAAGUUUUUGGUAGGAUUACUUCUACUACUGAGACAAGUGAUAUGACAUGUAUUAGACGUUUGCUUUUUGAUGAGACAGACAAGUUAUUUUUUGAGGCUUCCAAUAAGUUAUCUACCUUUUCUGUCCCAAGUUAUUCCUUGCUGGAGAUCCAAGUAAACGUGGAGGUUGAGGGUGAAAGAUUUUGCGAUACGGUCAAGUUUAAACCAUAUUCAUGUUUCGGUGGCCCUUAUUGUGUAAAUAUUCAUGGGAAAUCAUGUCGCAUUCGAGUGUUUGCACAUUUUGGUCAUGCAAGAGAUAUCCUUUCUGAAUAUCCAAUGUAUGAGUAUUAUGAUGGUAAAAGAAUGUCCAAUGAAAGAUCUGAAGAUAAAAGGAUCAACCGCAAGAGGUCAAGAGGCCUUACAAUCCAAAAGGCAAACCAGCAAGCACAGCUAUUGGAAGCCUUGAACAAUAUUGAGUGGUAUGUAUCAGAGUCAAAAGAUUGGAUAGAAAUGAUGGAGAUUUUCUCAAUUUCUAUUUUUUCUUAUGGUGUGGACGGCCUUCGUUCAGGGGUGAAGGGAAAAAUCCUUGUUUCAGAUGAAUACCAAGAAUUUAUUAUCUUUGAUGGAUGCAAGGAGUCUGACAUCUUACAUUCUCAUGAAACUAGUCUAAAAUUAAAAGGAUCUCCAAGGUGUUACACUGGUGAAGAUCUUUCAAUAAUCCUUAGGCUGGAGGAUGGCAAGGGACGUAAUAUUUGCUCAGGGAGUGCGUGGUAUAAUUUCACCAACGUUGGUUUGUUCCUUAAUACUCGAAUUUGUUCAAUUGUUUGUGGUAUACAUGGUUUUGCAGCUCUACAUUAUACAAUAUUCAGCGAUGCUAUACAAGCUAAGUUAAGGUUUACAUUGAUGGCGUCGGGCUCAUCAUGUGGGAAUUAUAAGGUUUAUGGGAGGAUUAAUACAAGGUACAGCAACUUUAGAUACUUAACCCAUUAUGAGAAGAAGUACUAUGAGAGUAGUUUGUUUGAAAAGGGUGAAUCAGAGGUUGAGGAGGUAACCCUCGGUGAGAUACCACUGUCAAAAUCCGUGGUUGCUGUGCCACUAAACGCGUCACUCAUUGUGUUAGCAAACUUGUGUGUGCUUUGUGAUGGUGGACGGCUUGAGACCUUAGAGUAUAAGCAAACAUUUGAGCCAGAGAAGCCGAAAUCCAUGUAUGAUGAAUUCCAAGGGUCGAAUUAUUGUCUACGAGUGUAUGUGGAUUGGACCAGGUUCCCUCCCUAUGAUCCCAGAUAUUGCAGCUUCAUAGACACUUAAUAAUCAUCAUGUAUUGUUUUCUCAUUACAAGAUUCACAUGAGAAAUGAGUAAUAUUAUUUCUUCAAUCUCCAUCCCAUUUCAGCUGUAUAAUUUUAUUUAAUAACUACUAAAAACUGAAGUUGCAAUUAGCAUUUACACCGUAUAAUUUCCCUCUCUUUAA